AUGUUUACAAUUGAUGUUGAUUCCUCUUACCCAAAACGGCGCCAACGCUUUCGUCGCUACAUUUCUGUGCAAAAACACGCAGUGGAUGUGGGUUAUCUGGCCUGUCUUCUGGGGACAAGACAUAGUAAAAUUGUACUCCCUUUGUUCAUUUUCCACAGUAAUGCAGUUCCACUGAACAUACAAGUGUCGCAUUCGCCAACGUGUUAUCCGCACGAAAACUAUACUACUAAUAACGACGCAUAUGAUAUCGCCCUUUUCAAAUUAUCCACACCAUUGAAUCUCACGCGACCGAUCAUCAGCAUCGUAAAUCUCCCCACCACACAAAAUUCCACGCUGCCGCAGUUGAAUGAAACGGGUGCUGUUGUUGGAUUUGGAAUCUUCUUGCAUCCAGACAUCGACCCAACCAUCGGUCAGUUAGCGACAUUUAGAGUUGUGACACAGCAAAAGUGUUCUCAACUCCACGGAGCAUACAGUCCUAAUUAA